AUGUGCACCGCCACGGUCCGCCACUGCACCAACUGCGGCAUGGACUUUACGCGUCCACCUACUCUGUGCGCAGAGGCCGAAGUGAGCGGUCGCCGCUGCAAGGCCGACAGCGUGGACGAAGAGGGCAAGCCCAAGAACAAGCAUGUUGCGCUUCGCGUGACGUGCUCGGUUGCGUGCCGCGAGGACCAGAGCAAGAAGGACCAGCAUGUCGAGUAG